AGGAAGAGGAGGAGCUUUCCCCUCUUCAUCACCAGCUCUCUGAGCUCCAGGUAGCUGGAGGAUCUUUGAGGUUCUGGAGUAAUAUCUGUGUGGUCCUGGUUCUGUUCUGGUCCGACCCGUGUUGCUCAGUGGGCCAUGCGGCGCUGCGCCUCCUCCCAGCCUCCUGUGGAGGAGAUCCACGCUGAGGAAGAGGAGGAGGAGGAAGAGCAGGAGGUGUUUCAGGAGACUGGAGGCGUUAAUGAGGAGCAGGUCGGUCCGGUGGAGGAGCCGUCGGCCCGGGAACCCGAUGGCCGGCCGGCUCCUGUGGAGCAUAAGAACGGGAAGCGGGCCGAAGCCGGACCCGGAGCGGCGGACGGCGGUCCGAGGUUCUCCAUGUUCACCUGGCUGGUGGUCGUGGCUCUGCUGGGCGUCUGGAGCUCCGUGGCCGUCUUCUACUUUGACAUCGUGGACUACGACCGAGUCCUGGCGAGGGCACAGGAGUUUCGUAUGAACUUUUCUGAAGUUCUGCAAGGGAAACUAGCCGCCUACGACACGGAUGGAGACGGAGACUUCGACGUGGAGGACGCCAAAGUUCUGCUCGGCCUGACCAAAGAUGGCGGCCGUAGCGCCAACGCCGAGUCGCUCGAGGAGGUUCUGAACAUUUUAGCAGAGGAGGGCUCUGAUUGGAUCUAUGGCUUCUUCACCUUCCUUUAUGAUGUAGUUUCUCCCCCUGCACAGCGAGAAAAAACCAGUAAGCCUGAGGUGGAAACGCCGACCCAGAGAGCUCCAGAACUGGAGAAGGACGGUCCUGCAGCGGAGGAGACAUCAGUCCCUGGAUCUCAGGACGUGGAGUCUGAAAUCCAAGCUGCCGUUCCUCUGCCGCCGCUGGACGACAGCCAUUUUGUUCCAGACGACCCGACAGAACCCGGACAGCGCUACGGUCAGUACCAGAACCAGAACCAGAACCAGGCCCGGUCCUGUCAGGUUCUAAUCAGUCUGUUUGUUCCAGAGGAGGAGCCCGGCUCCAUCGACACCACAGGAGUUCUGGUGGAGGAGAGCCAGCCGGAGGAGACUGAAGGGGAAUCGGGUCGGUACCAGACCAGCUCCAAACUCUCAGCGGAAGCAGAAGGAGAGGAGCCUCCUAAAGCAGAACCAGAACCAGAACCCCAGACUGGGUCGACCCAACCCACAGAGAGCAGGCAGGAAGCCGACGGAGCAGCAGAGAAAGCAGCUGAGGAGCAGAAGGAAAAAGCAAAGAAGAAGAAACCCAAACUGCUGAACAAGAUCGAUAAAAGCAUCAAAUCAGAGAUCGAUGCAGCGGAGAAGCUGAGGAGGAAGGGGAACCUGGACAUGGCCCUGAAGGCGUUCGAUUCCCUGGUCCAGCAGCAUCCUCUGAGCCCGCGCGCUCGCUAUGGGAAGGCCCAGGUGCAGGAUGAUCUGGCGGAGAAGCUGCGCAGCAACGACCUGCUGCAGAGCGCCAUCAACACGUACAGAGAGGCUGCAGAGCUGCCCGACGUGACCUCUGACCUGCUGAGGGCGGCGCUGAAGAGACGGGCCGAGAGGCAGCAGUUCCUGGGUCGGAUGCGGGGGUCGCUGGCGACGCUGCAGAAACUCGUCGACAUUUUCCCCGACGACGUCGGCCUGAGGAACGACCUGGGCGUCGCCCACCUGUUGCUAGGCGACAACAAAGGAGCCAAGAAGGUUUACGAAGAGGUCCUCGCUGUUGCCCCUAGCAACGGGUUUGCCAAGGUUCACUACGGCUUCAUCCUGAAGGCGGAAAACAAGAUCGCAGAGAGCAUCCCGUACCUCAGGGAAGGCUUGGAGUCCGGCGAGCCGGGAACCGACGACGGCAGGUUUUACUUCCACCUGGGAGACGCUCUGCAGCGAGUCGGAGACGACAGCGCGUACCAGUGGUACGAGCGGGGUCACCAGCGAGGGCACUUCGCCUCCGUGUGGCAGCGCUCGCUCUACAACGUGGAGGGAUUGAAGGCUCAGCCCUGGUGGACGCCGCAGGAGACGGGAUACACCGACCUGGUCCGGAUGCUGGAGCGGAACUGGAAGACGAUCCGGGACGAAGCGCUGGCGGUGAUGGACCGCAGCCGGGGCCGCUUCAUUCCUGAGGAGGAGAACCUGAGGGAGAAAGGAGAGUGGGGCCAGUACACGCUGUGGCAACAAGGGAAACGGGUGGGAAACGCCUGCCAGGGCGUCCCGAAGACCUGCGCCCUGAUGGAGCGGUUCCCUGAAGCGACGGGCUGCAAGAGAGGACAGAUAAAGUUCUCGGUGAUGCAGCCUGGGACUCACGUCUGGCCUCACACCGGACCCACCAACUGCAGGCUGCGGAUGCACCUGGGCCUCGUCAUCCCGGCGCCGGGCUGCAGGAUCCGCUGCACCAACCAGACCAGGGAGUGGGAGGAGGGGAGGGUCCUGAUCUUUGACGACUCCUUUGAGCACGAGGUGUGGCAGGAGGCCGACAGCUACCGCCUGAUCUUCAUCGUGGAUGUGUGGCACCCGGAGCUGAGCCAGUACCAGCGCCAGACGCUCAGCCCCAUUUAGGACCGGUUCUGCCCACCCGGUUCUGUGGACCCCACGGUUUGAGUUGUGGGAGGAGCGGCCUGACUGAUGCACUCAGACUGAUGAAUGUUUUAAACUACUGACUGAACGUUAAGCCGGACGGCGCGGUACUUUCUGAGCCCGGUUCUGAUCGGGUCGGGUUCUGGUGUUCCAUCGUGAUCAUGGAUCCAUUCACUUCCUUUAAUAAUGAACCAGAACCACCUCCUUCUCUCCAUCCCUGUCUGUGAAUUACUGAAACACUACAGCCACAGGAAGCUCUGGACCUUCACAAUAAAAGCCUGCAUCAUGUUUUAAUUGUCAGAAAAACUUUAGCUCCGCCUGUUUCCUCUUGAUCAGCUUUUUGUGGUUUUUACGUUUUUUUGCACAUUUACUUUGUAAUACAAGAUGUUAAAAAAGAUGAUUAAUAUUUAUAUAAAAUAAUAAAAAAUGAAAAAA